GGUGGCCUAGGGGCAACCUAAGGGUGGCCUUGGGGCGGCCGAAGGGUGGCGUAGAGGCGGCCCAGGGGCAGCCGCUGCACGGGGGUCUUUGGCAGCUUUCGGGCCGCGUCUUACCGCGUGUUGUCGUGUUCUCCCUCCCCCAGCACUCCGUCGCCGAUCUGAAGAAGACCAAGGUCCCCCAGGACUUCAGCACCAUCCCCGACUGGACCCGUCAGACCGUGCUGGGCGUCGACGUGUACUCCGCCAUCGCCUACUUCUCCGACCCGAGCCUCCUUGCCCUCGGCCAGGGCCGCAACCUCACCGCCGAUACCAACACCGCCGAGGGCAUCUGGAUCGAGCAGGCCGGCGCCGCCCCCGCGCGCAUCGCCUUCGAGGAGGAGGAGCUGGCCGCCACCACCAACUACACCAAGCAGGGCUGCCUCUUCGGCCAGGGCCAGCACUACUUCUACAACCUGACCAAGGAGUCCGGCUGCGAGGAGCGCCGCCCCUACUACAUGCUGUACGAGGCCAAGACCAAGCAGAUGCUCGGCUUCGGCGUCAUCAUCUUCGGCAAGACCUCGCAGCGCUGCUUCCCUCACCGCAAGUGGUUCAUCAACCCGCCAUCCUUCGUCGCCCCCUUGGUGACACCCAACGGCCCCGCCUGCACCCAGAAGUGGAUGCACGACUACGGCUCCACCUCCCUGCACGUGUUCUUCCGCCCCAAGCCCUGGAACAUCAGGUGUCGCACGUAGAGCCGGCCGCGGAGAGGCUGAGGUCAGACUGAGAGAGACGACUCACAACACUACCACCGUUCGCGGGAUUAAACGACACUCUGAAAAGAA